AUGGCUGGGAAAGGACAGGGCCCUGGCAGAGGGGCAGGAUCAUCAAAGCUCCAGAUCAUCAAAGUGACAGUGAAGAGCCUCGAGGAAAGGGAGGAGUUUGCAAUGUGGGAGAACAGCACCAUUGCCGACUUUCGAGGCGAAAUUGCCAAGCGCUUCCACGCUCCCACUAACCUGCUCCUCUUGAUCUUUGCUGGGAAAGUUUUGAACGACCAAGAUACUCUCAGCGAGGCCGGGAUCCAUGACGGAUUCUCCAUCCACCUUGUCAUCAGGCCUCAAAUGAGAGCAAAGGACCAGGAAGCUCAGCAAACUAACGCCAGCACACAUGCUGCCACCCUCCCUCCUCGCUCAGCUGGUCUGGCAGAUCUGAGCAUGCUAGCUGGGAGUGCACCCAGUAUUUUAGCUUUCCUAAAUGAGUUCCAGGAACUGCUGGUGGUCAACCCCGAAAUGAUCCUACAGAUUCUGGAAAAUCCCUUUGUCCAGAGCGUGCUGUCAAACACCAACCUGAUAAAAGGGUUCUUAAGGGAACAUCCCCUGCUCCAGCAGUUUGCACAGCAAAAUCCAGAGGUCAGCCACAUCUGGAACAACCCAGCCCUCCUGCGAGAAAUGAUCGAGUCCAUUAGGAACUCAACAAUGAUGCAGGAAAUACUGAGAAACAGGAGCCAGACUUUUCUGCUGGGUGGAGACAAAGUCUUGUGGCAAAUGCUCCCUGAUACUCCAAAGCCAACAUUGAAAGGACCACAGGCACGGUGUGGGAGUGACCCACCCCAGAACAAGCUGCCCCCAGAAGGGGUCAGCCAACCGUCCCACACAGAAAACAGAGACCCUUUGCCGAACCCUUGGGCAUCUCAGUUUGGUCCACAGAGUUCCACCCCCCAUCACAACCAUGGCAUUGACAUUGGGGGUAUUCAUGUCAGCAACAGCCCAAACUGCAGCCCGGAACAGAGUCCCUGGGUGCUGCCUGGAGUUGCAGCUGGGAUAUGUAACAUGACGGAAGUGCAGAACACCUCACCAGAGAUAACCAGGAAUGCCCAGCCUUUCCAGAGCAUCCUGUCUGUCCCCUACAUGAGGAAUAUAAUGCAGGCCCUGAGCCAGUACCCCAGUCUCAUCGUGCACUUCAUGUUGAGUAACCCCCGGUUCGUUGGUAUCCUAUAUCCCCUCCAAGAAGUAGCGCGGGAGCUCCAAGCCCUCCUCCAGCUGCUGCACAGCCCAGACAUGCCAUUAGUGAUGGCAAACCCGAGAGCCACCAAGGCUCUGUUCCAGAUUCAGCAGGGUUUCCAGACCCUGGGGCUGGAAGUGCUCAGGUUCGCCCGAGGCAGUGCUCCUGGCUCAGGGGCAGCGGGACGCCCUGCCGAUGGCAGAGAAGUAACUGGGACUGGUUCUGAGCCAUGUGAAAAUGCAAGCCAAGCCCCAAGAUUGGCCGAGACGGGGUGCCAGCAAAUCGUGCAAAGUCUUGGUCAAGCAAGCCUCCUGCUUCCCCAAAUUCCAGAAACCCAAUUCCAGCAGCAGCUGGAGCAGCUCUACAUAAUGGGUUUCCUGAACCACGAGGUCAACACACAAGCUCUGAGAGAGGCUGGUGGAGACAUCAAUGCUGCCAUAGACAAACUACUGGGCUCCCAGCCAUCCUGGCCACGUUAG